UCUGCUCGACGCCUGUGGUAGGACAAGUAGUCGAUGUCAGAUAGAAAUAAUUAUCACCAUGGAGCACCAGGCUGUGAGCGCCUUACAAGCUCAAGCUCUGAAAAGGAAAGAAAAGUUAAAAGCCCUCAGAGAGCGACAGUUACAAGGCCGGGAACAAGCAGAAGGAGAACCUGACUGCAAGAGACCAGUUAAAGAAGCAGAAACAGAAGAAAGACACGGAGACCUGAAGCUGAGAAACUACACUCCAGAAGAUGAAGAGCUAAAAGAAAGGCAGGUGCCCAAAGCUAAACCUGCGUCAGUGGAAGAUAAAGUUAAAGACCAGCUGGAAGCUGCAAACCCAGAGCCCAUUAUAGAGGAAGUGGACCUGGCCAAUUUAGCUCCAAGGAAACCAGACUGGGAUCUGAAGAGGGAUGUUGCAAAAAAGCUGGAAAAACUGGAGAAAAGAACCCAGAAAGCCAUUGCUGAACUUAUCAGGGACCGGCUGAAGGGGAGCGAAACAGACCUGGCUGUUGCUGUUGGAGCAGUCAAUGUACAAGAGGCUGAUUCGGACUGAGCCGACUUGUGUUCUGAAGAUGAGCGUUCUCUGUAAUGCAAAUCCUUCUGUGAGAUGAGUGUAGCUCACAAAAUAAUUAGCAUGCAACCUGAACUGAGUUGCUGAGCAUCAGAGGUCAGGUAUUGACUGGCAUGUGUGUGAGUGUUAGUGAGUGUGAGAGAGGGAAAGAUAGUGAUGUACAAAGAUUUGUAUCUGCUAACUGAAAUCAGAAAAGAUUCCUGUUCUUUCGUAAUUAAAUGCUUUUUUCUAUUUA